UACAGUGAAAGCCUCGCACUGAGUUUCACUUUCUCCAGGUUUUACCGACCGCAAAAGGAAGGAGACAGAGGGAAGAGUUAAACAGGUAGAGAACUUGGUUCAGCUCAGGAUGUCCACGACCAAGGAAGAGCACAGAAAGCUGGAGGAUCACCGGAGGUUGCAGCGAAAAGCACCUUGUCAGACACCGGAGUCUGGUCUCCAAGUUGGCGCGUAAGCCUGAUUUCUGGGUCCUUAUAAAAGGACCAUAUAAGACCAAAAUGCAUCGCCAUCACACAACCAAUUGAUAUGCUGGCAUCUUAGCUUGGCCUUGCUGAGGCGGAGGAAAAAGAAGAGGAGCUGUUGUAAUUUCCACAUCUAACAGCUUCUGGCUGUUUCACAACUUGUGGGUUUGAGGCCUGUUCUUGGGGAGGUUUAAAAGAGAAUUGCAAUCCAGCCUGGCAGGCCAUGCACAAGGAAUUUGGCUUAGGCUGCAGUGGUGCUGGAAGUCCUGAUAUGACAGAAGAAGCAGGUCUUUGAAGCUACUUUGGGGUUAAUAAGUGGUGCCCUCAAGAGGCAAAGAAUCCCCCUCUCCGUUCUGGUUUGGGACACUACAUCUGGAAGGGAAACACUGAGGCAGACACAAGCAUCCAAGGAUAUUGGUUCAUUGCCUGCUUCUUGCGAUUCCUUGAGAAAGGUGGGUGCUUCUCAUUGACUGUAACUGCUUCCCUUUUGUCUGGGUACCACACUGGAGGUACCUGACAUUUGGAGGAGUGAAGUAUCUGUCAACACCAUAGAUGCCCUUAAACUAGAUCACCUGCUGCAAAUGGAUCAGUGAUUUUCCUUGAUCUUCUGUUGACGCUUUUUUCAGAACGUUGCCUCCAAAGUGUAUCCUCCCUUUGGUCUGGAAGUUCUGUUGCUGCCCUGUACCUCUGGGGUCUACGUUUUCCAGUCGGAAGGGGACUAUAAGGAGAAAGGUAAGGGUUGUUGGAAGAGGAGAAGAAGAAAAAAAAGAGCUAGUGGAGGGCGCAACGCUCCCACUCGGGCCUAUACCCUUGCCCUACUUGCCCUUGGGACCCUUAUUUCUUCAUCACGGUGUCCAGGACCAUUUUGACCCUGUCGGCCCCGGCACCCCCCCGCCGCACCCCAGCCCCGAGCAUGGGGACGGCGCUUCUCCAGCGCGGGGGUUGCUUUCUGCUNUGCCUCUCGCUGCUGCUCCUGGGCUGCUGGGCAGAGCUGGGCAGCGGGCUGGAGUUCCCGGGCGCUGAGGGCCAGUGGACGCGCUUCCCCAAGUGGAAUGCCUGCUGCGAGAGCGAGAUGAGCUUCCAGCUCAAGACGCGCAGCGCCCGCGGCCUGGUCCUCUACUUCGACGACGAGGGCUUCUGCGACUUUCUGGAGCUGAUCCUCACCCGUGGUGGCCGCCUGCAGCUCAGCUUCUCCAUUUUCUGUGCCGAGCCCGCCACGCUACUGGCCGACACUCCGGUCAACGACGGCGCCUGGCACCACGUGCGCAUCCGUCGCCAAUUCCGAAACACCACGCUCUUCAUCGACCAGGUGGAGGCCAAGUGGGUGGAAGUGAAGUCCAAGCGCAGGGACAUGACGGUGUUCAGUGGCCUCUUCGUGGGUGGACUGCCCCCGGAACUGCGGGCCGCGGCACUCAAGCUCACAUUGGCCUCGGUGAGGGAGCGAGAGCCCUUCAAAGGGUGGAUUCGCGACGUGAGGGUCAAUUCCUCCCAGGCCCUGCCAGUGGACAGCGGGGAGGUGAAGCUGGACGAUGAACCGCCCAACAGCGGCGGUGGGAGCCCGUGCGAGGCUGGCGAGGAGGGCGAGGGCGGGGUGUGCCUCAAUGGAGGCGUGUGCUCUGUGGUGGACGACCAGGCGGUGUGCGACUGCUCGAGGACCGGCUUCCGUGGCAAGGACUGCAGCCAAGAAGACAACAAUGUGGAAGGUCUGGCGCACCUGAUGAUGGGCGACCAAGGUAAAAGUAAAGCAUCCAUGGUGCCCAGCCAUUUACCACACCUUUCUUCAGGAAAAGAAGAAUACAUUGCCACUUUCAAGGGAUCUGAAUACUUCUGCUACGACUUGUCUCAAAACCCCAUUCAAAGCAGCAGCGAUGAAAUAACUCUGUCCUUUAAAACCCUUCAGAGGAAUGGACUCAUGCUUCACACCGGGAAAUCAGCAGAUUAUGUCAAUCUUGCCCUGAAAAAUGGAGCUGUCUCUCUGGUCAUUAAUUUGGGAUCAGGGGCCUUUGAAGCACUAGUGGAGCCCGUGAAUGGAAAGUUUAAUGAUAAUGCCUGGCAUGAUGUGAAAGUCACCAGGAAUCUGCGUCAGCACUCAGGCAUUGGACACGCUAUGGUAAACAAACUACAUUGUUCGGUGACAAUAUCAGUGGAUGGGAUUCUUACCACAACGGGCUACACGCAAGAAGAUUAUACCAUGCUGGGUUCUGAUGACUUUUUCUAUGUUGGAGGCAGUCCCAGCACAGCCGACCUCCCAGGGUCACCAGUCAGUAACAACUUUAUGGGCUGUCUCAAAGAGGUUGUAUAUAAAAAUAAUGAUGUAAGGCUGGAAUUAUCUCGACUUGCCAAGCAAGGAGAUCCCAAGAUGAAGAUCCAUGGAGUGGUGGCAUUUAAAUGUGAAAAUGUCGCAACUUUGGACCCAAUCACUUUUGAAACUCCAGAGUCUUUUAUCUCUUUGCCAAAAUGGAAUGCAAAGAAAACAGGCUCCAUAUCCUUUGAUUUCCGUACAACAGAGCCAAAUGGCCUCAUUUUAUUCAGUCAUGGCAAGCCAAGACAUCAAAAAGAUGCCAAGCACCCACAGAUGAUAAAGGUUGACUUCUUUGCCAUUGAGAUAAAUCUAAUCUUGAAUUUGGCAAAUGACAAAUUUCAGGGUUCUUGUAUUCUCAACUAUAUCUCAUGUCAUUGGACAUCUGGAGAAAUGUCUGCCCUCCAGGAGUUCACCCUUAAGCAGAUGAAAGAGAGAAAGGGAAUAAUUAAAACACUUUGUGCUCUGUUGAAACCUCUGUAUUCUCUUGUCUUGGCAACAGGUACCAUUUCUGUCAACACGCUGCGCACACCCUACACUGCUCCUGGAGAGAGUGAGAUCUUGGACUUGGAUGAUGAAUUGUACCUGGGGGGCUUACCAGAAAAUAAGGCUGGCCUUGUGUUUCCCACCGAGGUGUGGACUGCUCUGCUCAACUACGGCUACGUGGGCUGCAUCAGGGAUUUGUUCAUUGAUGGCCAAAGCAAAGAUAUCCGGCAAAUGGCUGAAAUUCAAAGCACUGCUGGAGUGAAGCCCUCCUGCUCCAGGGAAACAGCAAAACCGUGCCUUAGCAAUCCUUGCAAAAAUAAUGGCAUGUGCAGGGACGGGUGGAACAGAUAUGUCUGUGAUUGUUCCGGAACAGGCUAUCUUGGCAGGUCCUGUGAGAGAGAGGCCACGGUUUUGAGCUAUGACGGGAGUAUGUUUAUGAAAAUCCAACUCCCGGUGGUGAUGCACACGGAAGCAGAGGACGUGUCCUUACGGUUCCGAUCCCAGCGUGCCUAUGGCAUUCUGAUGGCGACCACGUCCAGAGACUCCGCAGACACCCUCCGCCUGGAGCUAGACGCGGGGCGAGUGAAACUGACGGUCAAUCUAGAUUGUAUCAGGAUUAACUGUAAUUCCAGCAAAGGUCCCGAGACCCUUUUUGCUGGCUAUAACCUCAAUGAUAAUGAGUGGCACACUGUGCGUGUGGUUCGCCGAGGAAAAAGUUUGAAGUUAACGGUGGAUGAUCAACAGGCCAUGACAGGUCAAAUGGCAGGUGACCAUACAAGGCUGGAGUUCCAUAACAUAGAGACUGGCAUCAUCACAGAACGUCGGUAUCUUUCUUCUGUCCCCUCCAACUUCAUUGGACACCUGCAGAGCCUGACAUUUAAUGGAAUGGCAUACAUUGACUUGUGUAAAAAUGGUGACAUCGAUUAUUGUGAGCUCAAUGCCAGAUUUGGCUUCAGGAACAUCAUAGCAGACCCUGUCACAUUCAAGACCAAAUCGAGCUACGUUGCCUUAGCUACCCUGCAGGCCUACACUUCUAUGCAUCUUUUCUUCCAGUUCAAGACUACAUCCCUUGAUGGGCUAAUUCUAUAUAACAGUGGGGAUGGAAAUGACUUUAUCGUAGUUGAAUUAGUUAAAGGGUACUUACAUUAUGUGUUUGAUUUGGGAAAUGGUGCUAACCUCAUCAAAGGGAGUUCUAAUAAACCACUCAAUGACAAUCAGUGGCACAACGUGAUGAUAUCAAGGGACACCAGCAAUCUCCACACUGUAAAGAUUGACACAAAAAUCACAACCCAGAUCACCGCAGGAGCCAGGAAUUUAGACCUGAAGAGUGACUUGUAUAUAGGAGGAGUAGCUAAAGAAACAUACAAAUCCUUGCCAAAACUCGUCCAUGCCAAGGAAGGCUUUCAAGGCUGCCUGGCAUCGGUUGAUUUAAAUGGACGGCUUCCGGACCUCAUCUCAGAUGCUCUUUUCUGCAAUGGACAGAUUGAGAGAGGAUGUGAAGGGCCCAGCACAACCUGCCAAGAGGACUCAUGUUCCAAUCAAGGUGUCUGCUUACAGCAGUGGGAUGGCUUCAGCUGUGACUGUAGCAUGACUUCCUUCAGUGGGCCACUCUGCAAUGACCCUGGGACAACGUAUAUCUUUAGCAAAGGUGGAGGACAAAUCACGUAUAAGUGGCCUCCUAAUGACCGUCCAAGUACGAGAGCAGACAGACUGGCCAUAGGGUUUAGCACUGUUCAGAAAGAAGCAGUCCUGGUGAGGAUUGGAUCUUCACUUGGCUUGUUAGAUUACUUAAAGUUAAAUUUGCACCAAGGAAAAAUUGGAGUUAAGUUUAAUGUCGGGACAGAUGACAUCGCUAUUGAAGAGUCCAAUGCAAUCAUUAAUGAUGGGAAGUACCAUGUGGUCCGUUUCACGAGGAGUGGUGGCAAUGCCACGUUACAGGUGGACAGCUGGCCAGUGAUCGAGCGCUACCCAGCAGGAAACAAUGAUAACGAGCGCCUGGCGAUUGCUAGACAGCGAAUUCCAUAUCGACUUGGUCGAGUAGUUGAUGAAUGGCUACUCGACAAAGGGCGUCAGCUCACAAUCUUCAAUAGCCAAGCAACCAUAAUAAUUGGCGGGAAAGAGCAGGGCCAGCCCUUCCAGGGCCAGCUCUCUGGGCUUUACUACAAUGGCUUGAAAGUUCUGAAUAUGGCAGCCGAAAACGAUGCCAACAUCGCCAUAGUGGGAAAUGUGAGACUGGUUGGUGAAGUGCCUUCCUCUAUGACAACUGAGUCGACAGCCACUGCCAUGCAGUCAGAGAUGUCCACAUCAAUUAUGGAGACCACCACGACCCUGGCGACUAGCACAGCUAGAAGAGGAAAGCCACCUACGAAAGAACCCAUCAGCCAGACCACAGAUGACAUCCUUGUGGCCUCAGCAGAGUGUCCCAGCGAUGAUGAGGACAUUGACCCCUGUGAGCCGAGCUCAGGUGGGUUAGCCAACCCCACCCGAGUAGGAGGGAGAGAGCCGUACCCAGGCUCUGCAGAAGUGAUCCGGGAGUCCAGCAGUACCACGGGCAUGGUCGUCGGGAUAGUAGCUGCAGCUGCCCUAUGCAUCCUCAUCCUCCUCUAUGCCAUGUACAAGUACAGGAACCGGGAUGAAGGCUCAUACCAUGUGGAUGAGAGUCGAAACUACAUCAGUAACUCAGCACAGUCUAACGGGGCUGUGGUAAAGGAGAAACAACCCAGCAGUGCGAAAAGCGCCAACAAAAAUAAGAAAAACAAGGAUAAAGAGUAUUACGUCUGAUCCCAAGAUCUUAAAAGGACACUUGUAUAGAAAUAGUCUUCAUUUUAUCUGAGACAUAAUAUAAACUUAUUUACUUUCCUUUUUAUGAAGCACAUACAAAAGAAGACAGGGAAUGCAAUCAGGAAGGAAAGACUGUUUUUAAAAAAAAACAAAAACAAGUAUCUCAUGCUCUUGUUUCUCAAAAAACAAAACAAAAAAAAAAAAAGAAAAAAAAAAACAGGGGCCAAUAAAUUCCCUAACAUCCGCAGUGUUUUCAUUUACUCUGCCUGUCUUUAUGUUGCUGGAACAUUUCUAAAAGACAGUGAUGACCGCACGCAUUCAUAAAGCAAAGGAGUAUUACAAAAUCAAGGCACAACACAAAAACAACACAAAACAUAACACAAAAAAAAGAAGCUACCUAUGAUCCUGGAUUUAGCCAAAGUGCUAGCGCUUUCCUGAGAAGUCAGUUAGUCCCAUUGCCAGAGAAGACUGUCAUUUUGAGUGACUCAACCUGCAAUCCUUUAAGAGUUUGCCGCCUGGUGCAACUGGAGCAGUGGUUGGAACUUGCAUUUGAAACAAAGUGCUGGCUUUUUUGAAGACUUGUGUAGGAACACAUUCAAAAAGCCCCUUUCUGGUUGUAAGAGAAAAAAAAAAUACGGAGGCCUUAUUUUCAAAAAUGUGAAAUAUAAGGCACAUUUUCACACUCAAAUUUCAAAAAGAAAAACAAGAGGGCAUAGAUGCAAUCAUUGGGAAAUUUUCAUGCACGCUUACUAUGUUAUUACAUAUGUUUAUAUAAAAUCCAUCUCUGUGUGCUUUCUGGACUGUGAUAAGUGAUGUUUUAUAGCCUGUUGUAUAGAAAAUGCAAAAUAUAUCUGCUCUUCAGCCAUUUUUGGUAACUCAAUGUUAUAAGUGUUGCUAAAUAUAGGGAGUUUUAUGACAUCAGAGCAACAAUUAUUUCAGUCAAUUUUUUUUGCCACCAUUAUAAAUUGCCACACCUUUUUUUUUUAAAAAAAGAACAAUUACAGUGUAGUGUUUAUUCUAAGAAAGAUAUGUAUGAAUGUAUAUAAAAAGACUCAGCUACUUUUUUUCUUAUAUGUACAGCCUUCAUUCUGUUGCAAUUAAGUUUUAGUAUUUGUAUGAAAGGUGUGAAUUAGAAGGUAAAAUAUAUACACAAGUAUCUUACAAACUUUUCUCCCCAAAAUACUCACGUUCCCACAUACAUUCACAUUCUCAAUUACACAUACACACACACACACACACACACACACACACACACACACACACACACACAGGAGUCCAUCAGAUAUGAUAAAAGACCCAAACAUGCAUAUAGUCACAAAUAUUUACUGACAAAUUGAAAAGCAGGAAGGAAGAUAGUUGUGCCAAGGUAUUAUAAUAAGUGGGGUGAUUUGCUUUCUUGAGAUCUUGCUCCCAGGAAACCCCAAGAAGAUUUAAUCCCUAAUCAAACAGAAUACCACUGGUAUACUGCUGCAUGAAUAGGAACCGUUAUGUGGGCAGGUAACAGAAGCAAAAUUGGUUGAUCUACACCUUAACUCUGGCUGCUGCAAUUAAAAAUUUUGUUUCCAACAAAAUAAUAUAUAUACAUAUAUAUAUAUUCUCUGAACCUGAUGUGCAUGAUAAAACUUUUUGGAAAGUAAACAGUUUCUCAACUAAAAAAGUAUUUUCAAUAAUUUUUGAUUCUGUAUUACUACCCAUUUAAAAUUGUUCUCUAUUUGUUGAUUAUUGACUAAAUUUUAACUUUUCUGGUUUUACAUCUAUAUCAUUAAAUAUAGUUUUAGUUUAACAUACAUUAAGUAUUAGGAAAGUAUAGAAUAUACACUUGUUUUGCAUAUUGUUUCAAUGAUGUUCAUAGCAAUAAAUUAUUAGUAUGAGAAAGUAAUGCAAAGGACAUGCAUUAUUGGAUUGCAAGGAGAUGCAUCAGUAAAACUUGGUCACAUUACUUGAAUGUGUCCUAGAAGAAUGAUUCUAGAUUUCAUAGGAAAGAAUACCUUUACAAUUAGCUUUAAUCAGCAAGGGCAAAAAAUGCAAAACAUCUUUUGUGACAUUUUAGUUGAUAUAAAAAUGCCAAUAAGUGGCUUGAACUUCAGACAUACAGUACCUUAGAAAUAUGUAUAAUUCAUAGCAAAUCACCACUACCUAUGGUUGCCAAGUAAUUGUGUAAGAAGAGUCUUAAAGGCUUUACAUGACCCAGAAAGUAGAUGCUAAAACUAAAAUUUGAUAUCCCUUCUGUUUCAGGUUUUACUUCUUUUUAAUUUGCCAGGUUAAAGAAUUCACAAGUCUUUUUUUUUUGUUCCUCCCCUCUCUUUCAGUCUUACUCAGGGAAAGCCAGAAAAAUAAAAGGGAAUAUAAAAACACUCAUCUACAACUAAAGGUUAAAAAAAUAUGGUUGCUUUAAUAUUUAAUCUAUUGAACUUGAACUAGUUUCAUCUAGAGAGAGUCUAAAAUAUGAUAGCAAAUAAAUUGAACAGUGGUAUUUUUAAGCAGUAUAUUUGUGAAUCAUGAUGUUUGGGAUUAAUUUCAGUGUUUCUUCCCAGAAUAAAUUUUAAAAUUUCAUACAAUGAUGCAAUCUAAUAUUGCCAGUAAAAAUAUUUCUAAUGUUAUUGGUCUACAUGAAAUCUAGCAGUUUUCUUCCUGAAUGGAGAAAGAAAAGAGAGGAACAUGAGUUAGGGAGAGAAAGAGACUUGAAUACAAUCCAAGUAUCUUCAUACCAAAUGUAUCAGGGUUCAUGCAUAAUUUGUAAUUAGUAGAGAAUUUCACACUACCUGGCAUAAAUUUGAUUACAUCUCUAGACUGUAACUUUUCUGAUUGAGUAUGCUUCUUUUAUAUCCAUGUAAUAUGUUGCCUUUAAAAAAAAAACAACUACUACAAUAAUGUGUGAGGUGGUCAAUCCCUAUGACAUCAAAGAAAGGCCACAUGAUCUUACCCUUCUAGUGCUUUGUGUGAUUGGGUAUCUAAGGGGUUUGUUUUGUUUUGUUUUUCUGUUGCAAGGCCAAUUUAUCCAUUAUUGGAAAUGCUAAGCAAGUGGAAUUUACUGUUUUGUUAAUAAAAUAUUUCUUAAUACAA